UGUGCCAGCCAGUGACACACUAGUUGUCCCACUACUAAGGUCUCCCUCGGCUUGCUGCGUCUCUCGUACCUGCCAGUCAAUAAACGAGUCCACAUCCCAGGAAACUUUGGCACCAAAGAGCAUCGUCGUCUAUACCUGCCUCAGAAGCACCGUCUGUUGCUAAGUUUAGUGCAUCGCUACCUUCUUCAGGCACCAAACUAGACCUUUUUCCACUUGAGACUCUCCUAAGCACUCAAAGAUGGGCAAGAUCAAGGACAUGAAGGAGUACGUGGGGUCUGAGGAGUUCCUGAAGGUGGAUACAUGGAAGGCCAUCAUUGCAGAGUUCCUGGGGACGAUGUUGCUGGUGUUCCUAGCGUGUGGCUCCUGUCUCGGCGGCUGGAGUGAAGGCUACAGCCCCUCCGUCGUCCAGAUCGCCUUCAGUUUCGGCAUUUCCGUGGCUUCCAUAGCACAGGCUGUGGGGCAUGUGUCCGGGUGCCACAUCAACCCGGCAGUGACCUGUGGCAUGCUGGUGGCCCGCUAUAUCUCCGUGGUUAGAGCACUCUGCUACAUCGUGGCCCAGUGCCUAGGAGGCCUCGCUGGUGCCGCUAUUCUCAAGGGUGUGGCACCAGAGGCGAACCGUGGCAGCCUUGGCAUGACCACCAUCGCCACCGGUGUGAACACAGGACAAGCGCUGGGCAUCGAGCUGAUUAUCACCUUCGUCCUGGUACUAACGGUGUUUGGUGUGUGUGACGAGAGGAGGACUGACGUGAAGGGCUCAGCACCCCUGGCCAUAGGCCUCUCCAUUACUGCUGGUCACCUCGUUGCUGUUCCCAUCACUGGAGCGUCGAUGAACCCAGCCCGAACAUUUGGUCCAGCUGUUGUCACGGGCAUCUGGGAGGACCACUGGGUGUACUGGGUUGGACCAGUGUGUGGCGGCAUCUUAGCAGCUUGUGUUUACCAGUACGCCUGGCGAGCACCAUCCCAAGACUACCGCCCACCCACGCCCACCUACGUGAAAGACGACCAGACCACAGCCUUCCUACACCGCCCACAAGUGCCUGAAGUCAUCACUGAUAGAACCACUUGCAUCUAGAACAACUUAUCAGACCACCUUUAUCCAAGCCACCGCCUGUAUGGUCACCCGAAUCUGUAUUUAAGAUCAUUUGUAUUUAAGCGGCUUACAUGACCACCUGUGCCUAAACCAUCUACAGAACUACAUGUAUUUAUACCACCUGCAAUACCACCUGUUUCUAAGCCACCAGCACACAUCUUUGUCACCUAGAUGAUACCUAAUUAAUCAUUUAUUGUUGUGUAGAUUCCCUUGUAUCUUCGGUGCGCAGAAAUAACUGUAAACUUUGCUUCUCAGAAUCACAUACCUCUUACCUGGGCAGAAUAAUAUAUACAUCUUUGGCUCUAUCCUACACAUUUUAGCUGGUGAAAAUCAUACACAUUUCAGCUGUGCAGUUAACACAGACUCUGUAUUCAUCUUACCGUAGAGGUGGUAUAAACCUUGGUAAUAAAUACCGACAAGUUGGUUUAGAAAGACACGUAAGCAAACACUAUGACAUAUUUAUUAGAAAACGUUUCGGUCCUGGGACCUUGAUCACUUGAUCACCUUGAUCAAGGUCCCAGGACCGAAACGUUUUCUAAUAAAUAUGUCAUAGUGUUUGCUUACGUGUCUUUCUAAACCACCGUAGAGAUAUACUCGUAGGUCACCUUCCCACACUCUGGUUCUCACCUGAGUUCUAGGGAAGCCUCUUAAUACGAGUUAUACCCUACGUUGUACGCCUGUGGGAGAACCAGCCAGUGUUCCAGCCAGGAACACCUAGGCUUGAGCUAGACAACUGCCUAAGAAACCAAACAUGCAAUAUAUGCAUAAAAGGUCACUUGACAGCCGAAAACUCGGAAGAAAGCGUCUUUGACAGCUGACAAAUACCUUAUCUUCCAGCAAUAGGUGUUUACAAUUUAAUCACACGUGUCCGAGGCCGCUAUGUGUGAAAGUCUAAUGUCUUGUGGCUUUAUCCAAGACAUUAUGAUUUCUGGUCACUCAAGAAGCUGCAGUUCUGCCCAGACAUCGCUGCUGACGACGUGGAAGACGAUCAAGACAUUUAAAACCUACCCACCUGAUAUACUGAAUAGCAAAGAUUCAACCCAGAGGUAUUAGCAUGAGCAAGUAUUUGCCAGUCACAAGAUAAAAACGUUAGAAUCCUAUUGCUGCCACCACCAAGGAAACACGUCAGGAUCCCAUCGCUGCCACCACUAAGGAAACACGUCAGGAUCCCAUCGCUGCCACCACUAAGGAAACACGUCAGGAUCCCAUCGCUGCCACCACUAAGGAAACACGUCAGGAUACCAUCGCUGCCACCACUAUCUACCAACUCUUGCUGCAUUCAGCACAUGAGUGACGCACGCGCACACACACACGCUCACAAGAGCUACAUACACCUCUAGACCUCAGUUCGACCUGACCUACCUUAAGCCAGUCUAGGUUAAGACACUUUACGUUUAAUAUAAGAUUCGACCCAUCGACCGUUAACACAAAGAGGAGAGUUACGUAUAUACUACAAAGAAUACACCAAAUCUUUAUUUAUAAGUCUGAAUUAAGUAGCAACCAAAAGAUAAGUCACUGUAGGAGGUUAUAAUGUUUAAGGUCAUUUAUAAACCACUUCACUAUUUAAAUAGUUAUACAUACAAUUAAGGUUUGAUUAUACAAGUCCCAGCCCUUCACGUGUAUAAUGUAUAAUAAUAAGUGUAUUUUAGGCAUCAGUUUAAACUUGUGUAUUUCGUCAAAUCAUACAUAUUAUGUAGCGUCUAAGCGUAUCCAUUAUAUGUAAUCAUGCACACUGUACAAAAAAGUAAUCAUACAUAACAUUAUGCAAAGGACAAUCAUACACACUAUACAGUGGAAUCGUACGUAGUGCAUAAUGUGUACCGUGAUAUACACCAUACAUAAUACAACUAUACACACAGACUACAGUGACACAUGUCACAUACAAUGUAAUCAUACACAGUGUAGGAAAUUGAACACAUUCACUUCCUGGUGUUCACAGAGUGAACACACCCAGUCCUCACAAAGUGAACACCCCUCACGCGGGUAGUUCACUCAGGACGUUCAAGCAUCUGUUGACAAGUUCUAAUAUUCGUGUACAGGUUGAACAGUGUUCACUCCCUGUUCUUCUUCUCCCCCUCCCCCGCAGCUUAGAGAAUGUUUUGAACACGUGUGUACAAAGUGAACACUGCGUUCAGCGGAGUGUAGUCCAUCGUCCUAACUCAAGGGUCACGUACAAAGUCAUGUUCUAACCAAAAAAAUUAAUAUUAUCAAGGAAUUAUUAUUACUAUUAUUAGAAUUAUUAUUAGUAUUAUGCCUGUAAUUAUUACUAUCUUUACUCAUUAAUAUAAUAAUGGAAUUAUUACUAUUAUCCCUGUAUUACUGUUAUCACAAUCGUAAAUAGUAUUUUAAUGUAAUUAUUAUUAUUACUGUGUACUGUAAGUAUUAUUUUCAAAAAAUUAUUAUUAUUUUUGUAAUUAUUACUAUUGCAAUUAUUUUUGUAACUAUUACUAUUACAAUUAUUAUUUCCAUGGAAUUAUCAUUACUGUUAUUAGUAUUGUUUAUAAUUACUAUAUAUGCAAUUGUGGAUAAUUAUUAUUUUGUAAUUAUUACUGUUACAAUUAUAAUUAUCACUGAAUUAUUAGUGUUAUCUUUGUAAUUAUCACAAUUACAAUCACUGGAUUAUCUUGGAAAUUAAUACUAU